CACACAUUUGACAUGCGCUCCUCUAACCCACUUAGAAACAGUCUCUCUUGCCCUGUAGCAUGGACCAAAGAAAAAUUCUGCAGAAGUUCCUGGAUGAGGUCCAGAACAAGAAAAUCAACAAAAGGGAGUUUGCCAGUGAAUUUCUGAGACUGAAAAAACAAUCUACCAAGUACAAGGUAGACAAAACCUACUCCACAACUGUGGCUGAGAAGCCCAAGAAUAUCAAGAAAAACAGAUAUAAGGAUAUUUUACCCUAUGAUCAUAGCCGGGUAGGGCUGUCCCUGAUAACCUCUGAUGAGGAUUCUGGCUACAUCAAUGCCAAUUUCAUUAAGGGAGUUUAUGGUCCCACAGCAUAUAUUGCUACCCAGGGACCUUUGCCUACAACUCUCCUGGACUUCUGGAGGAUGAUUUGGGAAUACAGUGUCUUGAUCAUUGUUAUGGCAUGCAUGGAGUUUGAAAUGGGGAAGAAAAAAUGUGAGCGCUACUGGGCUGAGCCAGGAGAGACCCAACUACAAGUUGGCCCUUUCUUCAUAUCCUGUGAGGCUGAAAAAAGAAAAUCUGAUUACAUCAUCAGGACUCUAAAAGUCAAAUUCAACAAUGAAUCACGAAUUAUCUACCAGUUUCAUUACAAGAAUUGGCCAGACCAUGAUGUGCCUUCAUCUAUAGACCCUAUUCUUGAGCUCAUUUGGGACAUGCGUUAUUACCAAGAAGACGACAGUGUUCCUAUAUGCAUUCACUGCAGUGCUGGCUGUGGAAGGACUGGUGUUAUCUGUGCUAUUGAUUACACACAGAUGUUGCUGAAAGAUGGGGUAAUUCCUGAAAACUUUAGUGUUUUUAAUUUGAUCCAGGAAAUGCGAACACAGCGACCUUCAUUUGUUCAAACUCAGGAACAGUAUGAACUGGUCUACAAUGCUGUAUUAGAACUAUUUAAGAGACAAAUGGAAAUUAUCAAUGAUAAACACUCUGGAACUGAGAUUCAAGAAAAGCGUUCAGUUCCUCAGCAAAAUCCCAUGUCAGAAGACUCCUAUUCUCUUAAUUUACCAAAAAGCCUGAAAGAAGAAAAAGUGAUGAACCAACAGAGCAAACAAAAGAUGGGGAUGGAAAAUGCAGACACUUCUUCUGACCUUGGGACUUUUGAAAUAAGUGAAAAGGAAUGUUUAGCUUUGUACCCUGCAAAACAGAGUAGUUCUUUUGACUUUUUGGAACUAAACUGUAGUUGUAACAGAAAUAUUCAUACAAGCUCAAAAUGGGAUAUCAAGUCAUUUCCAGUAGCUGGAGAGCCUCUUCAGAAGCAUCAAAGUUUAGACUUGAGUUCCAUCUUUGAAUCAUGCUCCAAUUCUAAAUCUGAAAAUACAGAUGAGAGAUAUUUUCAGUCAAAGAGGAUAAUAACACGGACAAAGUCAAUACCCUUUGAACUGAUACAGCAAAGAGACACCAAGGAAUUAGACAUCAAGGAAAGUUUUCCUGAUUUGGAACUUCAACCACACAAUUCUUGUCUUGAGCAGGAUCAAAAGUCAAAGCAUGUGUCUUCAGCAGAACUGAAUUAUUCACUGUCAAAUGACUCUAAGUACCAAAUAUGUAAUGCCUCUAGUGCAAAGCAGUAUGUUUCUAGUGCUUUUAGUUCAUAUUCUUACAUGUCUUUAGUAGAAGAUCCUUAUUUUUCAUCUUUGUCUCCAAGUAGUGCUGGCUCUAAAAUGUCCCUUGAUUUACCAGAAAAGCAUGAUGAUGCUGUCUUACCUUGUUCUUUGCCAACAUCCACUAUGACUCUACUUUCAUAUGAUAAUUUGCAUGAUUCUUUAACACUGAAUCCCCCUACUAUUUGCCCCUCAUCACUGAGUCAACAGGCAUCAGUGGUAGAAACUUCUCCAAGAAUAGAUGAUGAAAUUCCCCCUCCACUUCCUGAAAGGACACCUGAAUCUUUUAUUGUGGUAGAGGAAGCUGGAGAAUUCUCAUCAUGUGUUUGUAAGUCCUCAUCACCAGCUGUGAAAAUGAAAAUUGGAACAUCACUGGAAUGGAGUGGAACAACUGAUUCAAGGAAACUUGAUGAUUCUGUGAGACUCAGACCAAGCAAGAGUGUAAAACUCCGGAGUGCUAAAUCAGCUAUCUAUGAAGCUCGUUCUUCACCCUCACCACCUCCACUCCCUGAAAGAACCCUAGAGUCUUUCUUUCUGGCUGAUGAAGAUCAUAUGCAAGCUCAAUCUACAGAGCUUUAUUCUACUAGCUGUCCUAACACUGUAGAAAAUCCAACAUCUUCUAAACAGGCAUUGAAGACUCCUGGAAAAAGCUUCACAAGAAGUAAGAGUUUGAAAAUUUUGCGAAACAUGAGAAAGAGUAUCUGUAAUUCUUCCUCACAGAGCAAGUCUGCAGACUCUGUUCAGUCAAAUAACUCCAUCUCCUUCCUAAAUUUUGGAUUUGCAAAUCGUUUUUCAAAACCUAAAGGACCGAGGAACCCACCACCAACUUGGAAUAUUUAAUACAACUUGGAGUAGAGACUGCAAGACAUCUGCAGAUAAAACAGAAUACUGCUAGCUAAAAUACAUGCAUCUAUGUUCAUAGUAUCAAUGAUAAAGCUGUAGUAAUAUUAAUAGCUUUUAAAAGAAAAUCAAGACUCAAAAAAUUGCCAGAACUUUAUUCUUUACCUCAUUUGCAUUGGGCUAGAAAUAAAGUUUGUCGCUUGAGUUUAUGUAGACUGCUGCAGGAAAGAGUUUUAAAAUAAAUUUAUUUUUCAUUUAUGGAAGUUAAUUUUAUUUUACAUUGUUUCUCUGCACAGAUACAAACUAAAUGAUUUCAAGGAAUUAGGAUACCAAUUCUAUACUGUAGGGUUGGGUGGUGGCCCACCGAGUUAAGCUUGCAUGUUACAAUGUGCAAGGUUUGAGCCCCCAUCCCCAUCUGCAGAGGGAUAGCUUUGAAAGUGGUGAAGCAGUGCUGCAGGUGUCUCUCUUUCUCUCUGUUUUCCCCCUGCCUUCUCGAUUUCUGGCUGUCUCUAUAUCCGACAAAUAAAGAUGAAAAUUUUUCAACUCUAUAUUAACAGUUUUAACUAUAAAAGGUGUUUUUUUUAAAGAUAAAAAAAAUAUUCCCUUUUGUUGCCCUUGUUUUAUUGUUAUUGAUGCCAUUGUUGUUGGAUAGGACAGAGAGAAAUGGAGAGAGAUGGGGAAGACAGAGAGGGGGAGAGAAAGAUAGACACCUGCAGACCUGCUUCACCGCCUGUGAAGCAACCCCCCUGCAGGUGGGGAGCCAGGGGCUCGAACUGGGAUCCUUGGGCUUCACGCCACAGGCGCUUAACCCACUUUGCUACCUCCCAACUCCCAAAAGGUGUUUUUAAAACCAUUAUCUUUGGCUAGGAAGAUGGAGCACCAUUAUCUUUGGCUAAAACCAUUAUCUUUGGCUAGGAAGAUAUAUAGUGGCUGGGUAAAGAACUUACAAA